AUGCUGUCUUCACGGCUAAGCACACAGCGGAUACCGCGCUUAAUAAGGCUUCGGCCUCCAAAUACCAUUACUCGCUUCUUCAAUCCGCGCCCAUUUACCAGCAACUCACAACUGCUUCUCAUCACCACGCCCGCGAACAGACCGCAGCUCCCGUUCCUUUAUACCUCCUCAGCCUCCAGACACCUUCUAUUCCCUGGCAGAGCACUGAAUGCGGUGACUCUUGGUCGUCAUGUAACGCGAUUGAUAAGUACCGAACGGCGAAGGAGGAUUACCAAUGGCAUAAAGAUUGGUUUGACAGUUUACGCGGUUAUUCUACUCCUAUACAUUGCGCAACAGGGUCUCUACCAAGAAACUAUAGAGCGGAUGUUCCCCACACCUCCCGAGUGGUCCUGGAAGAGCAGAUGGUAUCUACGGACUGCAAAGGCUCUGCAGUCCCCUGAGAAAAUGGGACGGGUGGCUACCAGCUGGCCUGGGGUUGGAAGUUACUACAGAGAGCUGUUAACUCGAUUAGAGGAUCCUGAAAUUGAUGGCAAAGGAUUGAAAGAGCAGAUUAUUAAUGCAGGAGAAGGGGAGGCCAUUCUUAUUGAUGAAGUAGGCAGGGCAGGAUAUGACAUAGACGGGAUGAGCGAGCCUUGGAAGAAGGGCUACUUUGACUGUCUGAUGGGAGCCGCUGAGACGGCAGAGAAACUUGAUGGGUGGCUAGAAGAUACGGUAACACACGUUGCCUCUCCGCCGGAAUACGUUAUAGGCCCAUCAAAUCCACGACCAAAAGAGGGACCCAAAGGCUCAAUUGCUCCGCUUGAGGAGAACUGUGUACCAGCAUAUCAAAGUCCAUCGGUUUUUUAUAUGAAGAUUUUGACCACCAAGGGAUUCCAAACCAAUCAGAAACUCGAUGCUGCCCUUGCGUACGCUGACUGGCUUGAUUAUAAGGGGCUGAAGGACACUGCUGGCGAAGUCUACCGUUGGGCCAUGGAUAUUGCUGUCGAAGGUCUCAAUGUUGACCCCCAAAAAGUCGUGGAUAUGAAGACUGGCAUCAUAAAAGACGGGGGGGAUAAGCAUGUGACAGAGAAUCUACUUCGAACUUCAAAGGCAAUGGGAGUUCAUCAAGCACGCGUCGGUGAUUUAUCAUCGGCUCUGGCCGUUUUCCUUUCCGUGCUUAAGUGCCGACGCAAUGUGACAGCAUCCGAAGACUCACUCCCAAAGGUUAUCAACUCAACGCCGAAUAGGCCAAAGACGAAGAAAGAUGAUAUACUGACCGCCAUCACCUCGGCUAUCUCCCCACCGCCAUAUCCAAUUCCAGUACGGACAGGAAAUGAACCUCCCAUGCGCUCCCAGUCAGCUGUCUGUGAAGAAGCAGGUUUGAUGGUAUAUAUCGGUGAGAUUAUCUACGCUUCUUCGUCUCAGGAGGCCGGCCUAUCAUGGACCCGGGAUGCCGUUGACCAGGCCGAGAUAUCCCUUCUUCAACUUGACGAAAAGCAAGAACAGAAACGUCUAGCAGCAUCACCGAGUCACGGAAUGCAGUAUCAAUCUACAGAAGAACAAUGCCAGCACUGCCUCCGGUCCGGCUUGAAGAACUGGAGGCAGAUGAUCCGCGCCCUGGUGGUCAAGGCUGAAGAUGAGGAGCUCAAGGCCAUGGACGAAGCUAACAAUUACUGGUUUGGCCGUGGGCCAAGGAAAGUUGCUGAGAAGCAAGUACAGCGGCGCCGAUGGGAGGCGGAGGAGAUGAUACUGGAUGACCGUGCAAAGCGAAUCCAGCGUCUCAUCGGGGACGAUGGGCUUCCUGCUCUUACUUCUGGGGAGAGGAUGUAUUUUGGCUAA